UUUGUCCUAUAAUCAGUCAAGGGUUCAAACCGAUGAAGUUCAGCACGUUAGCCGAUGAAGACGGUGCCAUUUUCGAUGACAAGAGCUAUGACAGUUUAAUAGAAAGCCUUUUGCCCGGAGCUCCUGAAGGCAAGCAGCUUUUGGUGCUCCAGCCUUAUGUAAAAUGGGGCCCUAAGAAAAAGACAAACACAACUCCAGACCUGCAACUUGAAGAGGCAGCAGCCCUCGUUUCCACUCUCCAUCGAUGGUCUGUCGUGGACCAGAAAGUAGUUCCAUUGGAGAAUAUAGACAAGCGGAAAAUCUUCGGAAAGGGAAAGUUGGAAGAGUUGAAGCAGCUCGUCCGCCGAAACAAGGAAAUCACAGGGGUCUUCAUCAGCCACCAAUUCUUAAAAAUGCACCAGAAAAUUGAACUUGAGAAAGUAUUUAGAGUUCCAGUGUACGACAGAUACUCGAUCGUGAUUCAAAUUUUCAAAGAGAACGCCAUCACCAAGCAUGCGAAACUACAAGUUGCCUUGGCAGAAUUACCCUACAUUAGAAAUAUGCUUUUGAGCGAGACACCUAAUGUGUCACUGAGUUUUGGAAUGAGUCCAGACGCAAUUCGAACUACUCUGCACACCAGAGAGAACAAGCUCAAGGAGGAGAUGAGAAAGUGUCAAACUUAUCACCACACCCUGGAGAAGAAUCGACUGCAGAGGAAAAUCCCUUUGGUGGCUGUUGUCGGAUACACCAAUGCUGGCAAAACUUCGAUAAUUAAGGCUUUGACGGGAGAAAAGAAACUCGAGCCCAAGAACUCGCUGUUUGCCACGUUGGACGUCACAAUGCACGAAGGGUUUCUGCCAAAUCGACUGAAGGUCCUUUACAUUGACACUGUUGGCUUCAUGUCCGACUUGCCUCACUCUUUACUAGAAUGUUUCAUCGCAACUCUAGAUCACGUCGCUUAUGCUGAUGCAGUUCUGCACAUUUGUGAUGGAAGUCAUCCUGAUCUAGUGAGACAAAGAGAACAUGUCUUCAGCACAUUACAAAGUCUAAAAAAUUUGCCACCAAAUUUUCUUGAUCGGGUCAUUACGGUUAGCAACAAGUGCGACAAAACCCAGUCCGAGACCAAAUUCAAAGACGAUCUUCCUGUAUCGGCCAGAAACAGAACUGGUCUUGUCUUUUUAGAAAGGAUCAUUGAGUCUGUUGUGUUGAAAACUACUGGGAGAAAAAUGAUGAUCAUUCGUGUUCCGUCUGGUGGACCAGAGUCUCAGUGGCUUUACAAAGAGACUGCGGUUUGUGAGGCCGAAGCUGACCCCAAGGACCCUCAAUAUCUUUUGCUGAAGGUAGUUAUUUCAGACGUAGAGAUGGGGAAAUUCAAAUCAUACUUUUUAAAUAAGUAGAAUUUGAUUUGAAUCCAAAUUUUAGUCGUGUUAUCGUCGGAAUUUAUAAUAAAAGACUAAAGAGAAAUUUUUAAUUUAAGAGUAAUUUU